CAAUGUUAAUGAUUUUGUGUUUAAAGAUGAAGGUGAUGAUCUAUGAAUUGGCUGUGGCCUCUUAGUUGAGAACACUUGCUGGUAUCAAUUGUCCAUUACUUUGAAGAAAUUGAACUAAGAGAUUUGAGUAUGAGGAUAAAAGGAAGAGAAAAGUAGUGUGGAAAAACAAAGUGGAAUUGUGUUUGGGAGAAAAAGAAACAGAGUAUUUAACAAGUGGAAGGAUGUUUGUCAAGGCAUCUUGAUGAUAAAAAUAUCAAUAGAACUGAAGUUAAUUCCACUGAUAUCUCAAAAGAUGAUUAAUGGAAGUUGAAAAAAAUCAAAAUUAAUUAAAAGAUGAGUCUCCGAGCCCUUGCUCCUUGUGUCCUCUUGGUAGCUCUAUUCACUUCAAGCUUAACAAAUGCGUUCAACAUCACCAAGAUCCUUAGCAAUACCUCUGAUUUUGGUUCCUUUAAUAACUUUCUAUCGCAGAGUGGACUUGCUGAAACGAUCAACAGCCGCUCAAGCCUUACAAUUCUUGCUUUGGAUAAUGGAGCUGUGGGAUCUCUUCAAGGCAAAUCUAAUGAUAAAGUCCAAAGAAUAUUGACGAACCAUGUUCUUCUUGAUUACAUAGACCAAAAUAAACUUAAAAAUCUACCAAACAAGACAACAACUAUGACUACAUUGUUACAGGCAUCUGUUGUAGCUCAACAGGGACAAGGGUUCUUGAAUGUUACAGUGUCAGGUAAUACUAUUUUGUUCGGCUCAGAAGUGCAAGAUUCACCGCUUGCGGCUAGUUUUGUGAAAUCUGUAUAUGCCGAGCCAUAUAAUAUUUCUGUGUUACAAAUUAGUCGAAGUAUUGUGGCGCCUGGAAUUAGUGCACCUGCACCGUAUACUACUCUUCCACCUCCUCCACCCUCUAAAACGGCACCGGCACCGUCUCCGAUGACUCGUAAGGCGCCACCUCCAGCAACUGCUAAAGGUAAGGAGGAUACUAGGAAUACAGCGGCAGCGCCAGGGAGAGGGCGGGCUGAUUCUGGUGCUCCAUGUGCUUUGGGUUCGGGUGUGCUGUUGCAGUUUUGAUGGGGUUGAUUGUAUUUUGUUGGACUUUAGAGGGAACUAAUGGGGCUGUAAAUUACGUAAAAUAAUGUGUAAUAUUGGAAUAUGAAAUUAUGUUAAAUGUAUUAGAAUAACACGUGUCAACAAUUCCUUGUA